UUCAUUAACAGAUAAAUAAUCAAUAAUCUCUUUCUGUUUCUUAAAAUAGAAUUGAUCCGGAUUAAAACUCGUUGCGUCACAACAGCGCGACCGACCAGCUGUCUGCGUCAUCAGAGCGCGACCGUCAGCUCGCUGCGCAGUUUGUUUGUGAGCUGGUUUGUUGUUGUUUUCCUCCGCUGCUUCCAACAACAACAACAACAACAACAACAACAACACGGACCUCCAGUCAGCAGAGAACCAGCAGAGACCGGAUCCGUCCAGUCCGGGACCAGCAGCUGCCCGGCUCGGCCCGCAGAGCGCCGUUAGCAUCGUUAGCAUCGUUAGCUCGGAUUAGCUGCGGUUGUUCCUGAUGGAGUAUCCCGGAGGAGGAGCAGCAGGGGCGGGGCUGAGCGCUGGCAACGUCCCGGCCUUCCUCACCAAGCUGUGGACCCUGGUAGAGGACCCGGACACCGACCCGCUCAUCUGCUGGAGCCCGAGUGGAACCAGUUUCCACGUGUUCGAUCAGGGUCGGUUCUCUAAAGAAGUUCUCCCAAAGUUCUUCAAACAUAACAACAUGGCCAGCUUCAUCAGACAGCUCAACAUGUACGGGUUCCGUAAGGUGGUCCACAUUGAACAAGGCGGUUUGGUGAAACCGGAGAGAGACGACACAGAGUUCCAGCAUCCGUUCUUCAUCAGAGGACAAGAAACGCUGCUGGAGAACAUCAAACGCAAAGUCACCACCGUGUCGUCGGGGCGUCAGGAGGAAGUGAAGAUCUCAGCCGACGACGUGAACAAAAUCCUGACCGACGUCCAGCUGAUGAAAGGAAAGCAGGAGAACAUCGACUCCAGGAUCAGCUCCAUGAAACAUGAGAACGAGGCUCUGUGGAGAGAGGUCGCCAGUCUGAGACAGAAACACGCCCAGCAGCAGAAAGUAGUCAACAAGUUGAUCCAGUUCCUGGUGUCUCUCGUCCAAACCAACAGAAUCCUGGGAGUCAAGAGGAAGAUGCCGUUGAUGCUGAAUGACUCAAGCUCCGCCCACUCCAUGCCCAAAUAUAGCCGGCCCUUCUCAUUGGAGCACAUGCAGGCAGCAGCCAGUCUCUUCUCAGCCGACCCCCCGAUGACCUCUGGACCGAUUGUCUCUGACAUCACAGAUUUGGACACGCCCACAGCUGAGAGCGUGGUCGCUGAUUGGACGGAUGCCGGAGAGAGCCAAUCAGUGAGCGUCAAAGAGGAGCCGUCCAGUCCUGACGUGGAGGCGUGUCCUAUCCUGGAGGGCGGAGACACGCCCCUCUCCCCCACCACCUUCAUCAACUCCAUCCUGCAGGAGAACGAGGCCCCGCCCAUCCUGAACACCUCCACCAAUCCUACAGCAGCCCCUCCCCUCGUUGUGUUUCCAUCAUCCCCAGCCAGCCAAUCGCCUGCCUCCAAUCUCACCCAGAACUCAGCCCCACGUCCCGCCAGACCUCAGCACAAAUGCCAGACCGUCGCCUGUAUUGACAGGUCUGAACUGUCUCACCACGUCGACAGCAUCGACAACAGUCUGGAGAACCUGCAGGGGAUCCUGAACGCACAAACGUUCUCCUUCGACGCGUCCCCGCUCAUGGAGUUCUUCGGUUCGUCCUGUUUCCCCGGCGACAUGGACAUGGACAGUCUGGACAUGCUGCUGACUGGAGACGUCCCUAAUGGCGCCGAUGAUGUCAUCAGCUCAGGGAAGCAGCUGGUGCAGUACACACCUGUCCAGUCUGAACCAAUCGGCUCGGAGGGGGGCGUGGCCGACCUGCCCUCCCUGCUGGAGCUGGAGGCGGAGCCUUUCAUCAGCGCCGGACCGCCCGCCGACGACCCCCCCGACCUGCUAAGCCACGCCCACCUGGACUCUGACCUCUGACGUCAUUAGUCACCAUGGCGACAGAUCAAUAUUAACUCGUUUAUAUACCCCUGUCUUCUUCUACUCUUGUUAUUUUAGUCCAAUCAGAAGCCGGCCUGAGGUCACGUGACCCAGGUGAGGUCACGUGACCAGAUGUGCUCAGCAUGUUCAGUCUUUGUUUUCAUGUGUAAAAUAUUCUAAAUGAAGAGAAUCUGAAUAUUUUUGAAAAGUUUAUUAUGAAUUUAAAGCCUUUAGCCACAUUUUACCCUGUUACCAUGGAGACAUUGAUCUCACAUGUUGUACAAGUUUUUGGUCGUCAACAAUAAACAACAACAACAAAAAACCAUCAAUAUCUGCCGUUUGUUCGACUCGUUAAGACAAAACACAUUAAAUCCAGUCUGAACCUUCUGCUGUGGUAAAAUGUUUACUAACAUUAUUCUUUAAUUAUUACAUUUUUAGGUUUUUGUCUCCAUAUUGGGUUUUUGGUUUUCAGUCCCAUUAU